AUGGGAAUGUACUAUCAACAUUGUUAUGUUCCUCAGAUGAAUAUAUAUGACCCUUAUUCUAACAAUUACAAUUCACAAUGGGAGGAAUAUUCUAAUACUUUCUAUGGUGGAAAUCAAUAUGUUGAGCCGAAGUACUACUCUCAAUCAGAAUAUAAUGAGUUCGCGCCACAAUAUUCAGAUCCAUCAAUUGGAGAUCUCAUCAAUGCAAUGAAUGCCAACAAUCUCCAAGUUCAACAGAUGGCAGAGCAGGCUUAUGGGCUUUUUCCUCAACAACCUCCUACAAGAAUGUCACAAGAUCAGGAACCAUCCAUUUCAGAUAUGCUAAAAGCCUUUGUGGCUUCAACUAUACAGACCCAAGUUAUUCUUCUGAGUACAGAAGCGUCCCUCAAGAAUUUGGACAGUACUAUGGGACAAAUUUCUUUAUCAUUGAAUAAUAUUGAGGUUGAGAAUAUUGGAGAAUUACCCACAGAAUUAGAGAGUAAUCCAAUAGAGAAUGAUGGUACCUUAACUCUUCAAAGUGGUCCGCAACUUGACACGCCACCUUAUCCAGACAUAACAUUUGAUCUAAUUCCAACUCAAGAAGUCAACAAUUCAACCCCAGAAGCAUCUCCUCCACUAUUGACAAAAUUUAAGAAUGAGGAGGAAAAUAAGGUGAUCCUUAAAAUCAAUAUUUCGCUCCUUAAAACCAUUAAGCAAGUACCACCAUAUGCUAAGCUUCCUAAGGAGUUGUCCACAAAUAAAAGGAAACUGAAGGGUGAUAAAAAGAUAAGUGUGGGGGUGGAUAUCUCUGUUGUUCUUCAAAGGAAGUUGCCACCCAAAUGUCAAGACCUUGGGAUGUUUAUAAAUCCAUACACUAUCAGUAAAAGCAUAUUUGAUCAUUGUAUGAUAGAUUUAGGAGCAUCUAUUAAUGUUAUAUCUUAUUCUAUUUUAGCUUCUUUAAAUUUAGGAUUAUUAAAAGAAACUAGUGUUAUUAUUCAAGUGGCUGAUCGCACUAAUGUUUAUCCCCUAAUGGUAGUUGAUGAUGUUUUGGUGCAGGUUCAAUUUGGUAGGCCAUUCCUACUAAUUACAAGUACAAAAAUUGAUGUCAAAGUAUGGGUACUUACAAUAGAUUUUGAUGGUGAAGUUAUAUAA